AUGGCCACCGAUAUCGCGUGGGAUCCAACUGGAAGAUAUGUUGCAACAGCGGUUACAAUAUCUCAGGAGAUGGAGGAAGGUUUUAAGAAAGGUUUUCACUGGGAAACGGUUCGUCCUCGUAACCCUCCUAAUGGGUUUUUCAUUUGGUCCUUCAAGGGAGAGAAACUUUACUGGAGAUCAACACCCAAUGAAUAUCGUCUCUUACAAUUAAAUUGGCGUCCCUACGGAGGAAGCAUAGAUGAAGAGUUGUUGAAGAAUCAGGAGAAGCCUAUUGAAGAAGACUCUGUAAACUGGGCAAGUGAGGAAGAAUCUGUAAAAUGGGUAAGUGAGGAAGAAUCUGAAAACUUGGCAAGUGAAGAAGAAUCUGAAAACUUGGCAAGUGAAGAAGUAUCUGAAAACUCGGCAAGUGAGGAAGAAUCUGAAAACUUGGCAAGUGAGGAAGAAUCUGAUAACUCGGCAAGUGAAGAAGACUAG